GGUUAUAUAGCGCUGUGUAAGGGGACUAACAUACAAUUCGUGUUUAAAAAAAUCAAAAUGUCACUAUUUGGAUGAUAAUAUUAUACAACGAAAAUAAACAGCUUCUGAAAUUAUCUGUACUAAAAAAUUGAUAUCUUGGAGCAUGGCUACCCAUUCCUUUAAGGAUAAUUCUGCGCAGGAAACAGACCACCGUAAUUUACACAGCAUCCCCGUACCAAUAGAUGCUGAAUAUAUAAAGACUCUUCGGCGAAAGUGGAUCGAAUAUUUUUGGAGCCUGUCCAAAACUCCUACUGAGAUAAAGCUUGCUGAAGAACGGGCCAGUCGUGCCAGUCAAAUGGUCUCAAGCAACCAAAAGAAGGCAUUGGAAAAGUCCUUGGUGAGUCCGAAACCCAUCCGACCCUUAACGGCCCUCUACAGUUCUCCACGAACCACUACCCGGAUGAAGAAGGUUAUGCAAAAAAUGAGUAAAUCUAGGUCACAAUCGCCACGGAAAUUGAAUUUUUCUUUUUGUCCUGAAUGUGGCUUUGUAAACUGCGCCCUGUCUCAUAAGGAGCAUGCGGAAAAGAUGCGUCAGCGGCUAAAAAAAUUAUUAACCCAGCAUCCAAGUUUAAAACCCAAAAAAAAAAAUAUUAGGUAAAAAUUUGAUGGGCUAAAUAUAAUUAUACAAAAGCGUCUCUGGUAUUCUUUAAAGAAUGGAAUACUUUUUAGGCUUUUGUCUUGUUAUAAUAAUGCUCAUACAUAUUUGACUUAUUGUAAAUUUUAUUUAGGAAAAUAUUAUCUUUCUAAUAGUG